ACGACGAUAGAGCCAUCAUAAAUACAUACACCACCAUCACCACCGUGUGAAACGCCAGUGACAUUUUUAUCACGCGGGCAUGACCCUUUAACCGACUGAUGAUAGCAAUCUUUUGUUGGUCAUCAUUUCAAAAAGGAUUAAGAAGGCGCGCGUACCAAAAUAGGGGGCCCUCUCUCUCUCUGUCUCUCUCUCUCUCUCGUGCCCCCGCGCGCUCUAGCUUCGCAACAUACACAACAAUAAUUUGAUUGGAGUCGCUGUGCGUGCUGUAGGCGGAACCCGGACACUCUUCGCAUCCCACUUUUGAGGAGAUUACGAGGACAAUUUACUGCGAAACACAUGACAUUAACGCGGUUUGGAGGGAGGGCGGACGGACUUAGUGGGACAGAGAGGCAGGACGACACGCCACGGGUCGAGGCAGAGCCGAGCAGCGAGCGGAGGCAAGAUCUGUGGAGAUAUUUGGAGUUGGAGGAGGACACUGGUACUUCUCUGACACAGCCUAGGGUGAUUGGAGAUGGACGGGUGUUUGAAGGCAGCACACCCAGUGGUUUCACAGCGGUUUGGUUUGUCCCUCAAAGACACUUCAAGAUUAAAAGAUAGAGAAUGAAAGUGUAUAUUUGUUAAUGUGUGUGUGUGUGUGUGUGUGUGUGUGUGUGUGUGUGUGUGUGUGCCUGCAGGCUAAAUGGCUGGUCUGCAAGCAAAAUGAAGUGGCACAUGGCUUUGAUCGUCUUAGGGACAUGCUGGCCAGCUGAACUUGUUGCAAUGUUUGCACAAAACAUUCAACCUCAAAAGACAUUUUUGGUUUACGUCCAUAUAGUUAUACCAAAAACAUCCUGUUUUGAAGAGUAUGCAGAUUGUGUUUGCUCUCACAAUGACUUGCAAGCAUCUUCAUCUGGCAGUAUUUGCUUCCAGUGCUGUAUCUGAAAGCAGUGUGAGAACAGGCCAAAUUUGAUUUAGUUUAGAGAAUAGCAUUACCAUGCCAGUAUUAGGUACUUCUCCAAAAAUUCAUCCUAUUUACCAUAAUUAUGUUAAUGGUGUAGAUGGAUGAAUAUCUAUCUUUAAAUAUACACCUUCCUCUCUUUGAGUUUUUGCCCUAUUCCCGUGAUUCCCUCCUGUAAAUGACGUCUACACAAUAUCACAUUGUGCGACAACGUUCUUUAGGAAUCUUCAGAUAUAUGUGCAUAGACUGGUGCAGUACAAUUAUCUACAGUCAUGUAUAACCCAGGUUUUUUUAAAAAAAAAAAAAAAGACAGCACAACCUGACACAUACAAUAUUGUACAAGUGUACUGUUUGACAUAUGGUAUAUUGUAAACUGCUUGUUAUCAGUUCAGUUUCAGCUUUGCCUAUUAAGCAGCAUAAUGCAAUGAGUGUCACCAGGUCCUGCAUAAAGGUGAUGAAAGCAGCUCAUGAGCCAGGGAGCCAGAGGGCUGACAUUACAUUCAAAUCAAAUCCCAGGAGGAAAAUUAAAAAUUCACUCUCAGAGCACUUUCUGAACAUUCACAUCGCCUCAAACAUUAACACUUUUCAGCAAACACAUCCUUACAUACACACCAAGGCACCAGAGCAGAUAUGAGUGAGGACAUACCAGCCGAGACGGUGGAAACUGCUGCUGAGGUGAACUCUGUUCCUAACGGGAAAGGCCAUGAACCUGGAGAGGAGAUCACAGCAUCGGCCAAAACACCACCUGCAGAGGACUGUGAAAAUCCCCACAGGACUGAGAAUGCAGAGGCCAACCUCCCAGACAGCCAGGAGUUCCUAUCAGGCGUGGAGGACAAGAAGACUACACGAUUUACAGAUUUUGAGGGAAAAACCUCUUUCGGAAUGUCAGUCUUCAACUUGGGGAAUGCAAUCAUGGGAAGUGGAAUCCUAGGACUUGCAUAUGCAAUGGCCAACACGGGGGUCAUCCUGUUUUUGGUUCUUCUAACAGUGGUGGCAGCCCUUUCAUCAUAUUCCAUCCAUUUACUGCUUAAGUCAUCUGGUAUUGUAGGUAUUCGUGCGUAUGAGCAGCUCGGGUACAGGGCCUUUGGGACCCCGGGGAAGAUGGCGGCAGGUAUUGCCAUCACACUGCAGAACAUUGGAGCCAUGUCCAGUUACCUGUACAUAGUCAAGUAUGAAUUUCCUCUGGUCAUCCAGGCCUUUUUGAAGGUGGAUAACCCUGCAGGUGAAUGGUACCUGAAUGGAAACUACCUCGUGGUCAUUGUGUCUCUAGCAGUAAUAUUGCCACUGGCUCUCAUGAAACAGCUAGGGUACCUGGGAUACACCAGCGGCUUCUCCCUGAGCUGCAUGGUUUUCUUCCUCAUUUCAGUCAUCUACAAGAAGUUCAAUACCCCUUGUCCAUUUGUGAAUUUUACGUUCAACGGCACUGCCAGUGUGCUGAAUGUCAGUGCCACAGAUCCUGGUGGGGAGGACGACCCCGCCUGUAUUCCCAAAAUGGCCAACCUCAACUCACAAACGGCCUACACCAUCCCCAUCCUGGCGUUCGCCUUUGUGUGCCACCCAGAGGUCCUGCCCAUCUACACAGAGUUGCGCAAUGCCAGCAAGAAAAAGAUGCAGCAUGUGGCCAACAUCUCCAUUGCAGUCAUGUACGGCAUGUACUUCCUGGCUGCUCUUUUUGGAUACCUAACAUUCUAUGGUGAAGUAGAAGCAGAGCUGCUUCACACCUACAGCCGUAUUGACCCGUACGACACUCUGAUUUUGUGUGUGCGUGUGGCUGUGCUCACGGCUGUCACACUCACUGUACCCAUCGUGCUCUUUCCUGUACGGAGGGCGAUCCAGCAGAUGAUGUUUCCCAACAAGACUUUUUACUGGCCCCGCCACAUUGCCAUUGCCUUCGUUCUGCUCACUUUCAUCAACCUGCUGGUCAUCUUUGCCCCCAAUAUCCUGGGCAUCUUUGGGGUCAUAGGUGCCACAUCUGCCCCUUGUCUUAUUUUCAUCUUCCCUGCUGUGUUCUACAUUCGUAUUGUACCCAAAGAAGAGGAACCACUGCGCUCAGUCCCCAAAAUCCUGGCUGCCUGCUUCGCUGGAAUAGGCUUUCUGUUUAUGAUAAUGAGUCUCAGCUUUAUCAUCAUUGAUUGGACAUCAGGCACCAGCAAAGCCAGCAGUGGUCACUAGGGACCACCCUCCAAUUUUUUUUCAGGUUUUAUAUUGUUGAUUUCAAUCUGUGUUGUAAUGUUACUGUUUUUACUUUGGAUCAUGUUUGAUGUUGAAGAUGCCCUAUCUUUUCCAUUAGAGAAUAUUGGCCACAGAGGAGGAGCCUAGAGUUUAGGAAGGCUCUCACUCUGUCGUUAUGUUGUACUGUACAUCCUGCCAAGCAGUGACAAAUCCAGGCCAGUAGGCUUUUCUUGGAAAGUUGAUAGUGCAUUCACAAAAGAGGCCAGGUGCAUAAAGAUUGAUGUUGACAUUUGGAGGCUGUGCCUUGUGAAGUGGACGUAAAGAAAAACAACAGAAAAGCAACAAUGUAGGAAGCUGCUGUCUUUAUACACCUGUACCCGUGCUGGUUGUGAGCAUCUGGCACCUAUUGCCAUCCCUGUCCUGUCCUAAGAUGAUCUAUCAUCUACAAAGUGCUUCUCAGAUUAUAAAACACAAUCUGAGGCACCUCCCUUUCAGCUGUUUUAAAAGUCCACUAUUAUUAUUAUUAUUAUUAUUAUUAUUAUUAUUAUUAAAAGUUAUUUGAAUAACUACGUCUUUGCGAUCCUGUGCAACUGCAGAGGAAAGUACAAGCUAUUGCACAAAAAGAAAGAUAAAUCAAGGCGGGCCACCUUUAGCUCCUAAUCUACUUGUAACAGCUGCUGCUGCUUAUUUUAAGGCUUGGAGGUGUUAAAAAUCUCACCUCUGACAGAGAAGGGUGUAAAACCACAGAAUGUAUGUGGUACAGUGUUGUGAACACAUUUAUUAUAACAUUCCUACACACAAUAUAAUCUAGAUGUAUAUUUUUUAUUAAUAAUCUCAACUUGAUGAAAACCUCAGAAGAUGCAGUAUGGACUGUAGAGAAAAUCCUCAGUUUGAUCUUAGUAAGGAGAUCAAUAUUAGAGAGGCAGGUUUCAUGUCAGGAGUGUUUUUAAAUGUCUCUUGGCUGUCCAGAUCACUAUAUGAAAAAAAACACCUAUAUUGUGCAAAGAGUUUUUCUUUUUCAGUAUUACUGUGUGAUAAAUGGUACUGAAGACCUCAUCAGUUGGAUUGCACAGAUCAAAGUGAUAACUGAAAAUGAAGAGAAGGAAGUUACCGCUCAGUGUUCCUCGUCAUCAAGCAGGGAAGAUUUUUAACUGAAAGAUUUGAUAUGUUGUUUCUGAACAUUUACUGGAAGUAAUCAGAGAUAACCAAAAUAUGUAUAAAACAACAGGGUCACUUCAUGAAGUGGUUAGUAACAGCUGCAUGUCUGUAAAUAUUUCUGUGUCCAACACAAGCUUGAUCCCUAAUGGAAAUGGCAGACAUGGGAAUACUGUUUCUUUAACAAAUUUUUGAAGUUGAUGGUUAGCAAUAGCACUUUCCUUUGAUAAGCACAACUUCUUGUAGCCAUUAAUAUGCUGAAACACAAGCAAAUGAUUUGUGAGAAAUUCACAUAUAUGAUAGAUGUGAUUUAAGGGUGUGUACCCUUUGUAUAACUAAAUCUUUGGUAAAUUAAUCAAUCUAAUAUAGAUUACAAAAAAAAAAAUUAGCAAUGUAUCAAUGGAUGUCUUCUCAAAGAUUACUUGAAAUAACAAAGUUUGCUUUCCUGUGAGCCCCUGUGAUCAUUAUCUUCCUCCUCUGGUCUGUUUUGUAGAUAAAACGACUAAUCAGUUGGAUGUACUGUUGGAGGUUUUUAGUGUCCGUGUUGUUUAAAAAAGAAAACAUGGCUCCUCUGUAUUUGAAAUAUAGUACUUAUAUGCAUUUGUGUUGUUAAACCUGGACCUGUAUUCGGAUCAGAAGUGUUUGUCUCCUGCCAUUGAUGGAUUGUUGUUUUAAACUCCAUGUUUCAAUGUUUAUUCGGGCGUAUCAGUUGAAUCUGAUCCAGUGAUUAAAUGCAAGAUGCAAAAGUCUGUUGAUGACUUUUGCUGUUUUGUUUUCCUCUUAAAUGUAUCUUUUAUAGUCAGUGGUAUAUCAUCAGUGGUAUAUUUGGAUCAUGUCUGACUUCCUUGCUGCUUGUUUGCAGACAGUAACCUGCCAACUCAGAAUUGCUAGUGAGCUGGUGUACCUAUCUACAUUUCAUUUUUUAUAUGUUAAAUUCUGUCACACCAGAUUACAGUGAGUGCUGUAUGGGUAGUAUUGUCCUGUCAAUUUGUUACACAACAAACAUGUUUUAAUUCCUUUUCUAUUUAAUUAUAUCUGGGCAUUUGGUUGUCUUUAUACAUCCAUAUACAGAGGGAAUCAUCUGAAUCAGUCACUGGGGCAUGACUUAGCGUUCAAGUGUUGUUUAACAAAUGCAAAGGUUGUAUUUAUCCCCGACUCCCUGUUCCUAUUUUGACCUUAGUCGUUUUGGCUGUAUGUAUGAAAACAGAGGAGUGACAUCUUUGAGAAAUAAAAUGAGUAUCGUAAACAGUCUGUCAAUGGUGCACAUACACACAGAAUACUUCAAAACCUCACAACACGCAAAAAAUAAAACUAAACAAGAGGCAACAAAGUGAUACACUGUGUUAGUGGCUGAUGCAAGAUGAUAUCUGAGGACUUCUCAGUGUUGUUAGUGUCCCUCCAUGUGUGAUAUAUUGAAACGUGUAUGAUUGAAUAGUAACAUAUUAAAUAUUGACAUCGGCCAGCAUUUAUAAAUAAUGUAUAUAAAUGUAUACCCUUUAUAUUCUAUAUGCAUAUCUAGUUUGUAUAAUGUAAAUAGCAAUUAAAGUUUUAGUCUGAUUAAAAUAUAAAUGUAAUCAUUUUCAAAGUGCUUUUAAACCUUUUUGUCCAUCAAUUCAUGUCUAUUUUCUUGUAUCUCUAUAUAUUUUAAUAUGUCGCUGGCAGUUAUUGUACUGUAAACAAUGUUGCAAUAAAGAUAAUGAG